AUGGACUCGAUUACUGCUGCAAAAUCAAGGCUUGAGUUUGCAAAAGUCUGUGUAGAAAUAGUUGUUAAAGAUACAAUUCCUAAACACAUUGAGGUAAUUCUGAAAGAUGGGCAAACAACCUCGAUCAGUGUAGAGGUUCCUUGGCUACCCCAAUCUUGUAGAAGAUGUAAUGUAUUUGGACAUAAUGAAAAAGGAUGUUUGCUUAAAGUCAAUACGAAUCCUACUGUUUCACAAGUUUGGAAGAAGAAAGGAGAAAUCAUUCCCAAUUCUGCAGCCAUUCAUGUUGGAGGGAUAGAAGCUUUACAAGAACCUGAAAAAACAAAAAAUCAUGCCACUACUAUUACUGAAGCAAAUAACCAAAAAACCACCGACUCAUUUGCUGCAUAUAGGCAAGUUAAUGUUGCUGGAAGCGAUACUAAUGUAUUGAGUAAGGAGGUUGAUGUUCAUUGCAGCAUUAAUGCUCCAGUUAGAAUAGAUAAUCUUAAUUCAUCUAAUGAAGCUGCUAACAAGCAAAAAGAUGACGAUACAGAUGUUGUCUCGCUUCAAGCUGUUGUUGCUGCAAGUGACCUCUUAAUCGUACAGCCUAUUAAAAUUGAUGAAAUUGAUAAAGCUCAACCCACUAUGCUUAAAAGGAGUCGAGGCAGACCUGAAAAUGCUAAAUCUCAAUUUUUAGGGUUAACCAAUAGAUUCGAUAUACUUAAUUCUGCUGAAGAGAUUCCUAAUUGUUUAGAAAGCUUGCAAAGAAAACCAAGAGUUGCUUCAUUGGGAGUUGCAAACUUAGUGAAAGAACUUAAAUCAAAAAAGAAAGAACAAAUUGAUAGAGCUAAAGGUCUUAAAGUUGGAGGUCAAGGGGGUCCUUUGGGAUCACCUUCUCAAUGA